UCACAGCAGAAGAGAGACUUCCGAAACUUGGAAUAAAGCUUCUGAGUUCUCAUCUUCCCUCUCUAGAACUACCUUUGCUAUUAGACAUGGCAAUUCCCGUCAUCGACUUCUCAAAGUUGGAUGGCAAGGAAAGGGCUGAAACUUUGGCUAAGAUCGCCAAUGGAUGCGAAGAGUGGGGAUUCUUUCAGCUGGUGAACCAUGGGAUUCCGGUGGAGCUUCUCGAGCGCGUGAAGAAGGUCAGCUCCGAAUGCUACAAACUGAGAGCUGAAGCCUUCAAGAAAUCCAACCCUGUCCAGUUGUUGAACAAAUUGGAGGAUAAAGAAGGCGAGAACAGUAACGUUCAGCGGUUGGACGACGUGGAUUGGGAGGAUGUGUUUGUUCUCCAAGACGACAAUGAAUGGCCAUCCAACCCCCCAGAGUUCAAGGAAACCAUGAAGGAAUACAGGAGAGAGCUCAAGAAGCUGGCGGAGAAACUAAUGGAAAUAAUGGAUGAAAACUUGGGUUUACAGAAGGGCUGCAUAAAGAAUGCUUUCUCCGGCAACGGCGAACACGAGCCCUUCUACGGGACCAAGGUGAGCCAUUACCCGCCAUGCCCUCGCCUAGACCUCGUUCGAGGCCUUCGUGCCCACACCGACGCCGGCGGCGUCAUCCUGCUCUUCCAAGACGAUCAUGUAGGUGGACUCCAGAUGCUUAAAGAUGGCCGGUGGAUCGACGUCCAGCCUGUGGCCAAUGCCAUCGUGAUCAACACCGGAGAUCAGAUAGAGGUGCUCAGCAACGGGCGAUACAAAAGCGUGUGGCACCGUGUGCUCGCCACCAGCAAUGGCAACCGCCGCUCCAUUGCGUCCUUCUACAACCCCUCCCCCAAGGCCACGAUAGCUCCAGCGACCCCCGGAGAAGAGGCUCAACCUUUGUACCCCAAGUUUGUCUUCGGGGACUACAUGGAUGUGUAUGUCAAGCAGAAGUUUCAGCCCAAGGAGCCAAGGUUUGAAGCGGUCGCAGCCAUGUGAAGGCAAAGCAGAAGCCAUGUAAUUACCAUUUGAGUGUGAGGCUAAAAAUAAUUCUUUCUACAUUAGAGAUAGAUUCUUUUUACCAUGUGAAGGCAAACCUUGCAAGGUUUCAUGGAGUUAGUUUUUGAGUGGUCCUCUGUUGGUUAAUUUGCAAGAGUUGAUUGUUCGUAACAAUAUACUAGACGGACAGAUCAUAAAAUUUAGGGGUGUUGUUGAGUCAGUGUUCACGUUGUAGUUUGUGCUCUUGAGAUCGACAGCUAAUUUAGUUGUCACUGUUGUAACUUAUUUUACUUAGUAAUUCUUUCUGCAUAAAUAAUUCUUUGAUCAC